AGAAUUCCUAACAAGAAGGAGAAACUGAUACUGGGAAACUGAUACAGAGAGGAAGCAAGAAGAGAAGGUGACGUAAUGAGUUUGAUUAACGCAUGGCUCGAUCUUAAAAAAGUUCUCGAGUUCAAGAAGGAAAAUUUGACACCUGCGGAAAAUAAUAUUCUUAACUCGCUCCACAGGGAAUGUGUGAAGGAUUUUACUGCUUGUGCACUUGAUGGGUGUACAGCUGCGUGUAUUGCAACUCGGAAUCUCAGUAAAGCAAAAAUAUUUCAAGUCAACCUUCCAGGCAUAACUAUGAAUUUCAGUACACCAAUUCGAGUCUACGUUUCAUUUGUAGCUGGUGUUUACUCUGGAGUUUACCUAGGUCGAAGAAGCUUUUAUUCGUUUGCAGAUCAGGUUCUUACAAUGGAUGGUAGCUUACUGCAGAAGGAGUUCACGAAUAUAUAAACGCAGGUACGACGUGGGAAUCAGACCCACUGGAUCGUGUUUUUGGUUAUACUCAGCCUUUGGAAGACACUAUUCAUUCUGAUUCCUCCAAUAAACAACCUUCAGGAACACAAAAUCGGGUUCGAAGAAGAUCUCGCCGUUUGCGUCGGAUGCGGAAUCAUGAUGACCUUUCCAACUCUGAACCUACAGCAGCUGUUUAGAUCAAUCACCCUUUAAUGCUAUCAUUUACUAUCUCACAGGAACAGUUAUUAAUUGGAACCUAAAACCCUAUUAGAUUUAAUUUCGUAAAUAAUUAGAGGUUAAAUUUUUUAACUUGCCAUGCACGUUGUUUGCUUUUCAUGAAGGUUGUUGCUAAAGAGAAGAAUCACUGAAUUGUGGAAACACUAUAGGCCUGAUAUUGGUGGACUAAGACCUGUUUGUUUUCAACCAUUCCACCAAAGAUGGCAAUAGCCUAUCAUUUAAAAUUAAUCUUAAGUUUUAAAAUA